AGCGAUGGUUUCGAAGCUGAUCCUCUCGUUCGGUGUGCUGCUGGUGGUGGCUGCCGUAGCCACCGCCAAAUCGGUGCCGGAGCAACGUUCGCACCUUGAUCUGGCCGAGGUGGACUCGAGCGAGGAGCAACCGUGUACGAUCGACCGUGUGAAGGGCUUCUUCGGCGAUCUGUCCACCAAGGUGAAGGAGGGCGUGCAGGAAGGUGUGGUGAAGGUGAAGGACGGCGUCAAGAAGGGCACGACCAAGGCGAAGGAGUAUGCGACAAACGUGCGUGACUAUCUGCGCGAUAAGUUUAGCAGCGAUUCGAAGGAAGGUGAUGCUGCUGCUGCUGCUCCAACAACAACAACAACAACCCCGGCACCGAAACCAAUCACUGGAAUCUGA